GUCGAGCCCGAGCGCGGCUGCGGAGCGGAGGGCUGUGGCCGGCAGAGCGCGCUGACCCGGGGAGGUAGCCGUGUCCGCGGGCGUCGCCUGAGGAGACUCGGAGCCCGGAGACUCACGCAGCACGAUGGCCCCCAUUGGCCUCAAAGCCGUGGUCGGAGAGAAGAUCAUGCAUGAUGUGAUAAAGAAGGUAAAGAAGAAGGGGGAGUGGAAGGUGCUGGUGGUCGAUCAGCUGAGCAUGAGGAUGCUGUCUUCCUGCUGUAAGAUGACAGACAUCAUGACCGAGGGGAUAACAAUUGUGGAAGACAUCAACAAGCGCAGAGAGCCACUCCCCAGCCUGGAGGCUGUGUAUCUCAUCACUCCGUCUGAGAAGUCUGUCCACUCUCUCAUCGGUGACUUUAAGGACCCACCAACCGCUAAGUACCGGGCUGCGCAUGUCUUCUUCACGGACUCUUGUCCAGAUGCCCUGUUUAAUGAGCUGGUGAAAUCUCGGGCAGCCAAGGUCAUCAAAACUCUGACGGAAAUCAACAUUGCAUUCCUCCCCUACGAGUCCCAGGUGUAUUCCUUGGACUCUGCGGACUCUUUCCAGAGCUUCUACAGUCCCCACAAGGCUCAGAUGAAGAAUCCUAUACUGGAGCGCCUGGCAGAGCAGAUUGCAACUCUGUGUGCCACCCUGAAGGAGUACCCAGCUGUGCGGUAUCGGGGGGAAUACAAGGACAAUGCUUUGCUGGCUCAGCUAAUCCAGGACAAGCUCGAUGCCUACAAAGCCGAUGACCCAACAAUGGGUGAGGGCCCAGACAAGGCGCGCUCCCAGCUCCUGAUCCUGGACCGCGGCUUCGACCCCAGCUCCCCCGUGCUUCAUGAAUUGACUUUUCAGGCUAUGAGCUAUGACCUGCUGCCCAUUGAAAAUGAUGUAUACAAGUACGAGACAAGUGGCAUUGGAGAGGCACGGGUGAAGGAGGUGCUCCUGGACGAGGAUGAUGACCUCUGGAUAGCCCUGCGCCACAAGCACAUCGCGGAAGUGUCCCAGGAAGUCACCCGUUCUCUGAAAGAUUUUUCUUCCAGCAAGAGAAUGAAUACUGGAGAGAAGACUACCAUGCGGGACCUGUCCCAGAUGCUGAAGAAGAUGCCCCAGUACCAGAAAGAGCUCAGUAAGUAUUCGACUCACCUGCACCUGGCCGAAGACUGCAUGAAGCAUUACCAAGGCACCGUGGAUAAACUCUGCCGAGUGGAGCAGGACCUGGCCAUGGGCACAGAUGCUGAAGGGGAGAAGAUCAAGGACCCCAUGAGAGCCAUCGUCCCCAUUCUGCUGGAUGCAAAUGUCAGCACUUACGACAAAAUCCGCAUCAUCCUUCUCUACAUCUUCUUGAAGAAUGGCAUCACUGAGGAGAACCUGAAUAAACUGAUCCAGCAUGCCCAGAUCCCCCCAGAGGACAGCGAGAUCAUCACCAACAUGGCGCACCUAGGGGUGCCCAUCGUCACUGAUUCCACACUGCGCCGCAGGAGCAAGCCAGAGCGGAAGGAGCGCAUCAGCGAGCAGACCUACCAGCUCUCGCGGUGGACCCCAAUCAUUAAAGACAUCAUGGAGGACACAAUUGAAGACAAACUUGAUACCAAGCACUACCCUUAUAUCUCUACUCGCUCCUCUGCUUCCUUUAGUACCACCGCGGUCAGCGCCCGCUAUGGGCACUGGCAUAAGAAUAAGGCCCCAGGGGAGUACCGCAGUGGUCCCCGCCUCAUUAUUUUCAUCCUUGGGGGCGUGAGCCUGAACGAGAUGCGUUGUGCUUACGAGGUGACCCAAGCCAAUGGAAAGUGGGAAGUGCUAAUAGGAUCCACGCACAUUCUCACCCCACAGAAACUGCUGGACACGCUGAAGAAACUGAAUAAAACAGAUGAAGAAAUAAGCAGUUAAAAACAUAAGCCACCCCUCCAAAAAACGAACCCUCUUCCCACAGUGCUGCAGCCCCUACCGCUGCCCGCCUCGGUUACUUUGCUGACCCCGUCCCUCCACCGCCGCCCCCAGCUCUGCACGCCCUGGCCGGCACUGUCGCCGCUGCGUUCUCGUGUUUAAUGAUGCCCUCUUCUUGUGUGAAACAAAAGAAAAUAAUGCAUUGUGUUUUUUAAAAAGAGUAUCUUCUAUAUGUGUCCUAAGAGGAGAAGUUCCCAAGUAAGGGACACACUGCUGGAGAAGUUGUAGAACCGUCUAGAAUGAAUGGACACCUUCUCCCCAUUAUUAGGAUUCCAUGACCUUGUAUAUAACCCAGUGCGACAUGCACAAAUUGCUUGAGUAUGGGAAGGUAGACAUUUGGGUGUUUUACAAAAUCUGUUUUGGGUUGUUCCUGUUCUUUUCGGGAAUCACAGAGAUGUCUGUUGCUGGAAUAUUUCAAACUGAGGAUUAAUCUGUUGGCUUCACUCCAGUUCUUACCCC